AUGCAUGAACUUGGAAGUCGAGAAGAAUAUGAAAUUCCAGCAUUGCUGGUGGAAUUGGAAGGCCCGUGGUUGGGAGUAUCUGCUGCGCUUAACAUCAACGGGUCGUUUGUUCAUGAGCAUUUGUCACCUCAACUUCCGUUGGCUGCUUACGUCAAACAGUGUUAUUGUGUCUGGCGUUGUUUAAACGUACUGUCCUCGCCUUAA